AUGGAAUGGCCAGAAGAAUUUCCCAAUGACCAAGCCUUUGUUGAGCUGUUGGUCCCUGCAAUUUCCAGUGAACUGGACUUUGAGCAGCUCAUCAACGACACAAAAGAGAAACUGAAACUCAAUGCCAGCAGUAUUGAACAGCAUCUGCUGGAACUUCAGGCCAAAAUGGGAGACUCUCGUACAGGAGAUCGUCCGCCGAGCCCGACGGAAUGCCAGCAGUGGUUCAAUAUCAAAAUGCUCAACAAUUUGAGGCCCAUGAGCGCAGGACACCAGGAGGUUAUGUCCUUCUUCACUUGCUUGCAAAAUUACCUGAGAUCAAAAGAUGAAGGAAGAGAGGAUGCAACACUACACCUAUUAGUCAACCUCUCUUCCGAGAGUGGCAUUUGCUUCCCAUGCACCCCAUCUUUAUCUACCCCUUUUUCUCAUCAUCAACUCCUUGCUUCUCCCUUUGCCUUGAUACAUACUAUCAAAGAUGACUCUUCAACCGAGAUCCAAGUAGCAUGGGAUGAUAUCCGGCUUCAACUCCGCUGCUAUCUGUUGGAGCGACUCUCUACUGAAAGUGGCGCCAUUUCUGCCUUGUCCAACACUCAACGAGUUCACUGCCUGCAGCAGCUGUGCUUCUUGUACCCUGAGUGUGAAGUGCGCACUCAUUACCAGGGACUUAGAGGCCAGGCUAUGCUAGCUCUUCUGCACUCUGCCAUGUGCUCCUGUCGACCUGGCAUAUCAGGCUUUGACAGAGUGACUAUUGCCUUCCGCUCUGUGAUUCCAACUCUCAUUCGGGCCCUCAAAGAAGACCUCCACGUCCUUCCUAGAGUAUUCGAGCCACACAUCAUCUUGGGCUUCCUAAAUGCAUCCUACCUCCGCCCCAUGGCUGGUGAAUUGUCCUCCCUGAUGGAAAGAGAAUGUGAAACGGCCCUGAGAGACAACACUGUGCUCAGCAGCAGGAUAAAAAGAUAUUCAUCCAAGUCUCGAGCAACAGUUGCUCCGAUGGAGGCUCCUGUGAAAAGUCGAAGCUUCAGUUUGACCUCCCAUCAGUUGAAGGCCUUAACCCAGCUGGCCUGCACGCUGUUGGCCUAUGAGAACAACGUUAAAGAGAUAGUUACCAACAUGACCUUCAUCAAUUGUAUGGGAGACACUCCUAGUGUGAAAGGUAUUUUGAAAAAGACCAAAGAAGAGUCCGACAUAACUGAAUUAGGCAAGACAUCUACAGCACAAACACCUCACACAUCAGAGGUUCUGGAGUUUGAUUGGAGGUCGGCCUUUAGCGGGCUGGCUCCACAUAUGGCACACUGUGUCAAAGUGGUUCUCGAUGAUGUUUGUACUAAGAGUCUUCAGCAAGAAGAAUCUCUCCAUUCUUCAGCGCACUACACACUUUUGCUGGAAAAUAUAAGUGGACACAAUGACUGCAAAAUAAAUUGCAUUGAAGACAACUUUGACAACUACUCUGAAAGAGACACUCCAACUAUGGUAGCACAGUUUUGUUUUUCAGUUGUUACUGAGAUGGAUGCCUUGCUACCCUUGGCUGCUGCCUGCAGGGACAGUUCUCUGCUGGAGGUUCGCUCAAGCUUUGUGGAGUCGUGCAGCCAGGCCGUGUUAGCCAUGUUGGUCCGUGUGGAGCAGAGAGCCCUGGAAGUCCCAUCCUCUCUACCCCUGAAGAACCUUCCUGCUCUGUUGGCCACUUCCAUAUACGUCCAACAACGACUGGAGCAUUACCAUGCGCGGCUGAAGGACUCCACCUCUAACUUAGCCAAAGUGCACCUUAGUCUGCUGCCUGUCCAGAAGUACCAGCAAACCAUUGAGGCCUUGAAAGAACAACUUAGCAGCUAUUGUGUCCAGGUUUGCACCACUUGUGUGCUUCAGGAUGCAGAGAGCCACCACUGGGCUGACCUCAAGCCCUUUUAUGAGGGUGAGCGCUGUUCUUUCUCAGUGCAGAUGUGGUUCUACUUCCUGUGUGGUCUCCGUAGCGACCUGUGGGCUGUUCUCCCGCCACGGUUGGCCAAAGAGUUGCUGGGUCAGGUGUUGUCAGAGACAUUACAAGUGCUAGUGCAACGAUACGCCAGGGCCCAGCCUUCGUUUAAGAGACACGUGCAGAUAAGAUACGACAUCACAGCAGUGCUGCUGUUUGUGGAGCAACUGAUGUGGAGUGUGUCCGAAAGUCCCGAGUCCAUGCUCCAGCGCAACCUUUCUUCAGCAAUCACCAUAAUUUCUGGCGGGUCUGAUUGGCCCUACCAGAUCCACAGUUUAUGUGAACAACUUCUAACAGUCCUCGUCAUUGCCACAGCACCACUACCUUUAUUACAUAGAAUAUUUAUGGAUGGACAUGCACACGAGACACCACAGCAGUUGGAGGGGCCUGUAGUCCACUGGCUAAAUGCUUUAAAACCAGAGGUUUUCACAGAACAAGCUGUACAAGAUGGCCUUAUGGGCCAGGAGGCCUCGGCGUGUCAGCUCAGGCUGUUGACCUCUGACCCGGGAAGCAAUCCCAGGUUGCUACUGCAAAUGCUGCUUCAUAGAGACUGUCACCUGCCACGUAUGGUCCUGGAAAACUCUCAUUUCUGCCAGGAAAGCCAACUCAACAUAUCUUCACUGGAUCGUAAGGCACGAGACGCCUUCAUCAUCGCACUUUUCAACAUUUUUACCUGCCUAAAUGACAUCCCCGAUGCCUUAACUCUGGUUCUUCAACCAUAUUUGGAGAGCGUGCAUGUGUGGGAACAUCUCUAUACAAUGGCAGAAACAACACAGGAAGUGCCCAUCGUGGUCGACCUUAUCCGAGUAAUUGUCACCAAAUCCACUGACACCCUCUUGACACACCUGGUUACCAUGGUAACAGACUGGCAGGCCCCAGAGGGAGCAAGAGAUAUUCCAAAAAGCAUCCUGGCUAAACUGCCCAAAAGCUGGAAUUACACCCCAAUGGAAGCACACGGGAGUGUGGCUGCUUCUUCUAAGACUGUGAUAUCGCUCCUCAUUCAGGCCGUGUCCUUCAUUUUCACUCACCUGCCGCUGGUGGUAGCGUCCUUGCCCCUUCCUAUCCGAUAUCUUUUCCAAGUGGCAGAAAAGCACCUUUCGCAGCACGACCGGCAUCUGCGCUCAAUGGGCUUGUUGCUGUGGUCCCUUUUCAACUGCCUUAUACACAGUCUCGGGCAUCCAUGCACACUUGAAGAAAUCAGCGGGCUGGCCCUGAACUGUCAGGCCAAGGACCGCUUGGUCCUGUUGGCUGAAUGUCUGCAGGCUUCAAUGGGGAUUCAACAGAAGGGUGUUCCCAAAGCCACAGUGCACAAAGUGCUGCAGGCUCUCGAGGAAAAGAGACCAAAGUGGAUGAACAUGCAGCUGCAAAAGGCCCGCAAACUCUGCAUAAACAGUGUGGAGAGAACAAUGACAGGAAGGGCAGCAGCAGAACUGACCGAGCAGAAAAUGGGCCUGAUGCUGCUGGAGGUCUGCCACAAAGCAGGGGGCAGCGACUACCUGAGGCACAUCCAUCAUAUCAUCCAAGGCAAUGAGGAAUUGCUGAUGUCUAGAUUGAGUGGUGACACGGACUUGCCCUUUGAUUCUCCCUGUUUGGUGAGCUUCGACGUGAACAAUUGUGUCCCUGCCACCAAAUUCAACCCGCUCGAUCAGUUUGACCGAAUUGGCAAAAAGAAGCUGGAUCAGGGUACAUUGGUUGAGUGGACGUGGGAGUGGGCAAAGCUGCUUCAGUCAUAUCGGAACAUGUGUCAGGUCACCCUCAAAUCUCUGCUAGCCAACAGGUGGGAGAUGCAGGAUGGCGCAGAGCUGGAAGACGAUGAGAAAAUGAUGGCAGAAGAACUCCAAAGAGCCUAUUUUGUUUGCCACUGCGACGCGGGACUGCAGGAGUCUCGUGAAGCAGAUGAAACGACGGCUGAGCGGACCCAAGGGGGGCAGCAAGCAUCCGAUAAAACUGCUGCCCAAUAA